UCUUUCCGAGAGCGUCGCGAGCAGAGCGCUUCCCUUCCGGCGGUACUUGAGUCUUCUACCCGGCUGGUUGCGUCGCCAUGGCUGCCUUGAAAGAUCUGAACCCGAAAGCUGAGGUGGCCCGGGCCCAGGCCGCGCUGGCCGUCAACAUCAGCGCCGCUCGGGGGCUCCAGGAUGUGCUGAAGAGCAACCUGGGACCGAAGGGGACCAUGAAAAUGCUGGUUUCUGGUGCCGGAGACAUCAAGCUGACCAAAGAUGGCAACGUCCUGUUACACGAGAUGCAAAUUCAGCACCCGACAGCGUCACUGAUCGCCAAGGUGGCGACGGCGCAGGAUGACAUCACAGGAGACGGAACAACGUCCAACGUGCUCAUCAUCGGUGAACUGCUGAAGCAGGCCGACCUCUACGUGUCUGAGGGUCUUCAUCCACGAAUCGUGGCCGAGGGAUUUCAAGCAGCGAAAGAGAAAGCUCUGGCUGUUCUGGAGGAAGUGAAGGUGACUCAGAAGAUGGACAGAGAGACCCUCAUAAAUGUUGCACGCACGUCUCUGAGGACCAAGGUCCACGAAGAUCUGGCAGAUCUGCUCACUGAGGCCGUGGUCGAUGCUGUGCUGACCAUCUCGAAGCCAAACGAGCCCAUCGACCUGUACAUGGUUGAGAUCAUGGAGAUGAAGCACAAGACUGACUGCGACACACAGCUGAUCAGAGGCCUGGUUUUGGACCACGGCGCCCGGCACCCGGACAUGAAGAAGCGCGUGGAGGACGCCUACGUGCUGACCUGCAAUGUCUCACUGGAGUACGAGAAGACGGAGGUGAACUCUGGCUUCUUCUACAAGAGUGCAGACGAGAGAGAGAAGUUUGUGGCGGCUGAGAGGAAGUUCAUCGAGGACCGUGUUCAGAGGAUCAUUGCUCUGAAGAACAAAGUCUGUCCCAAUGGGGAGAAGGGCUUCGUUGUCAUUAACCAGAAGGGCAUCGAUCCGUACUCUCUGGAUGCUCUGGCUAAAGAAGGUAUUGUAGCCCUGCGCCGGGCCAAGAGGAGAAACAUGGAGAGACUCACUCUGGCCUGUGGCGGCACUGCCAUGAACUCGGUGGACGACCUGACGCCUGACUGCUUGGGACACGCCGGCCUGGUCUACGAACACACUCUGGGAGAAGAGAAGUACACGUUCAUCGAGAAGUGUGAAAACCCUCUGUCGGUGACGCUGCUCAUAAAGGGACCCAACAAACACACGCUGGUGCAGAUCAAAGACGCCAUCAGAGACGGCCUGUGCGCAGUCAAGAACGCCAUCGAGGACGGCUGCAUCGUGCCCGGCGCUGGUGCGCUGGAGGUGGCGGUGGCUGACGCCCUGGUCAAACACAAGAACAGCGUGAAAGGCAAAGCUCUGCUCGGCGUCCAGGCCUUCGCCGAUGCUCUCCUCAUCAUCCCCAAGAUUCUGGCCCAGAACUCUGGGUAUGACGCCCAGGAGACCCUGCUGAAGCUGCAGACGGAGUACAGAGAGUCCGGGCAGCUGGUUGGAGUGGACCUGAGCACGGGGGAGCCCAUGGUGGCAGCAGAGGCCGGCGUGUGGGACAACUACAGCGUCAAGAAGCAGCUUUUCCACUCAUGCACGGCGAUCGCCAGCAACAUCCUGUUGGUGGACGAGAUCAUGCGAGCUGGGAUGUCUUCACUCAGGGCUUGAGGCUCUGAAUGAACCUGUAGCUGUCUGUUCAACUAGAAGAUUGAAAUCACGUCCCCCGGUUCGACACCCAAGUCUGUAAAGGAAACAACUGCCCCGGCGUCUCCAUGUCGUCCUCCCAACGCGGCUCCAAUAAAUGACUUUAUUUAUGUACUUUCUUCAAAGCACUGACUCCUGACACUCGAUUUAGUUUCUGCCCAUUAAAGGUUUUCUUGACGCCAAAGCUGUUCUCG